UAUUGAACCGGAAGUUGUUACUUCAAUGUGACUUCCCCAUUUGGUAUGCUACAUCUUAUGCUAUAAGAGCAUACUACGUAUUAAGUUGUUCUUUUCAAGUUUUUUUUUCGGGAAGAACAUGUUUCUUACCAUCGUAAACUUGGCUAAGGCAAAAUCGAAAACCGUCCUGGUGCAGAUGGUGAGCGCUGCAGGGACGGGCUACUGCUUCAACACCAAGAGGAACCGUCUUAGAGAAAAAUUGGUGCUCCGCAAAAAUGAUCCUAUUGUGAACAAGCAUGUCCUGUUCUUUGAGAAGAGGAAGAUCAGAUCUAUCUAAAAUGGACAUCAGCACAUGGAUUUUGAACCUACAAUAUUGAGAACAACGUUAUCAAAAUGAAUUCCACAAGAAAGCGGAAACCUCAAGAAACGAUUCUAAUAUGGUGUAAAAUAUUUAUUAACUCAUUCGUGUUUUAUUUGUAUCAAUUAACCACAACUUAGAAUAGCCUCUAACAAUACAAGUGAAUUACUUUGUCAGAUGUCUGCCAAAAAGUUAUCUAAAGCUAUUCCAAAUAAAAAAUGUUUUCAAGUUA